AUGCGCAACCUUUUUGUACAAAUUUAUGGGGAGAGGCGGUGGCGAUUGUGGUCACCGCGACAGGCCCAGCUUAUGCGAGUGCAGGGAGGUAUCGGCUAUGCUACUGCCAUGGGAGCCCAUACGCAGUGGAGCGUUAGGAAUCCUGAGGCCAUCGGCCUGAAUGAAACGUAUGCUGCCCACAUGCAUGCCAUCAGCUCCUACACCGUGAACAUGCGGCCUGGGGAUGUGCUGUAUGUGCCACCGUGGUGGUUUCACGAUACUCGCGUCCACGGUGGCUUCUCCUUGGGCAUUUCAGCUCGAGGACAAGAUUGGCCAGGAGGCUCAGCUUGGGAUCUGCCGGUCCUUCGUUUCUUGCGCUUUGACGAUUUCAGCUUGAAUGCCAUGAUGCUGGAUCUCUUUUAUGUUCUCCCAAUGUUUGCGGAUGAGAAUCGCGGGCGUCGAGCAGGCUUCGUGGAGUUUCGCCAGCACAAGAGCUAG